GAGUGUUAACAGGAAGUCUGCAUCUCAAAUUGCACCGUAGUCCCUAUAUAGGGCUCUACUUUGGACCAGAACCCACAGGAAUAGGGUGCCAUUUGGGACGCAGGAGUAGAGGGGUGGGUAUCUGUAUCUGCAAGGACGGGGUGAGAAUUACAGGGAGGAGGUGAGAUUACAUUUGCUAUAAAAAAGAAGGGAAUACCAAAUGAGAGAGAGAGAGCGGGAGAGAGAGAGAGAGAGAGGGAGAAGCAACCUAGUCCACACUCUGAAUCAGAGGAAGCCAAGAUGAAGUUUGUCAGCCUGAUUGUGAUGAUGUCACUACUUGGGACAAAAAUGGCUUUGACAUUCCACAGAAGUACCGGUGGCGAUGAUGCUCCAGUGUAUCUCCAGGAUGAGACUGCAGUGUGUGACAUGCCCAAAGCCUGUGACCUGAAGAAUUAUGAAGACUGGUACAGGCUGGGCUCCUACUGCAUCAAGUACUUCAAGGCUGCCCUCAACUUCACCGAAGCGGAGACACAGUGCAGGUCUGCUGCCCCCGGUGGCCACCUGGUGUCGGUGCAUAACAGUCAAGCCAACGCCAACCUGCUUUGCGUGGUGAUGAAGAACAACGCCAAAAGCCCUCGCAUCUGGCUGGGAGGCUUCGAACUCUUCAAGUCUGGUAAGUUUGUGUGGACUGACGGCUCCAGCUGGAACUUUGAAGCGUGGACCCCUGGGGAGCCCAUCUCCCGCUGGACGAGCCGCGAGGACUGUGUGGAGAUGAACUGGAGCAAAAUUGGGAAAUGGAACGACCACACGUGUUUCACCAAGAAGAGCUACGUGUGCUCCUUCAAGAACAGAGUUUGAGGACAAAUAUCCACGCUCACAUACUUAGUAUGAAGCAGCAAUGUAUUGGGCAUGCUUUCUCCAGUGGUGUGUUGGUAUAGACUGUGUGUCUGUCUGUGUAACACCAACCCAGUCCCCUUGCUCCUCUCUCUUGGGUUGUGACCGAAAUGACACCCUGUUCCCUAUAGAGUGCACUACUUUUGACCAUAGCCCCACGGGCCCCCUGGUCAAAGUAGUGCACUAUAAAGUCAUUUUGGACUCAUCCUGCUCCUUUCCCCAACCCACAGAUCUCCCACGGUGAAACCAAACCACAUAGAGAGGUGCCUGCUUUUAGCAAACUGAAAAAUGCAUUAAGAUAUAUAUAUAAAUAAAGAGUGUUAA